CCCGCCACCAGGUGAGCCCCUUCCGCAGAGAUGGCAAGCCCCGAGGUAGUUAUAAGCAGCUGCAGCUCUCGUGAAGAGGAAAAUCGCUACGCUUUUCACCAGCGUACGUCCUCCACCGAGGAGCUUCUGCUGGAAGAUCAGAUGAGGAGAAAACUCAAAUUUUUUUUCAUGAAUCCUUGUGAGAAGUUCUGGGCUCGAGGUCGAAAACCAUGGAAGCUUGCCAUACAGAUACUAAAAAUUGCAAUGGUGACUAUACAGCUGGUCUUUUUUGGACUAAGCAACCAGAUGGUGGUGGCUUUCAAGGAAGAGAACACUAUAGCGUUCAAACACCUUUUCCUAAAAGGAUAUAUGGACCGAAUGGAUGACACAUAUGCGGUGUACACGCAAAAUGAUGUCUAUGAUCAGGUCACUUUUGCAGUGAACCAGUAUUUGCAGCUGCGCAAUAUCUCAGUUGGGAAUCACGCUUAUGAGAACAAAGCUAGCGAACAGUCUGCUAUGUCAAUCUGUCAGCACUUCUACAAGCAAGGAAACAUCUACCCGGGGAAUGACACCUUUGACAUUGAUCCAGAUAUUGAAACUGAAUGCUUCUUUAUAGAACCAGGCGAACCUAUUCACAUGGCAGAGCUCGAAGGAAAGAAGUUCAACUUAACACUGGACUUUCACAGACUCCUAACGGUGGAGCUGCAGUUUAAACUGAAGGCCAUUAAUCUGCAGACAAUUCGUCAUCAUGAGCUGCCUGACUGUUAUGACUUUACUCUGACUAUUACAUUUGACAACAAGGCCCAUAGUGGAAGAAUUAAGAUACGUUUAGACAAUGACAUUUCCAUCAGAGAAUGUAAAGACUGGCAUGUAUCUGGAUCAAUUCAGAAGAACACUCAUUACAUGAUGAUCUUUGAUGCCUUUGUUAUUCUGACAUGCUUGGCUUCAUUAAUUCUCUGUGUUCGAUCAGUGAUUCAAGGAUUUCAGCUUCAGCAGGAAUUUGUCAAUUUUUUCCUUCUUCAUUAUAAGAAGGAAGUUUCUGUUUCUGACCGAAUGGCGUUUGUCAAUGGAUGGUACAUCAUGAUAAUUAUUAGUGACAUAUUGACAAUUGUUGGGUCAAUUCUGAAAAUGGAAAUCCAGGCUAAGAGUCUAACAAGUUAUGACGUCUGCAGCAUACUUCUUGGCACAUCUACCAUGCUUGUGUGGCUUGGAGUCAUCCGAUACCUUGGUUUCUUUCAGAAGUACAAUCUCCUCAUUCUGACCCUUCAAGCUGCACUGCCCAAUGUCAUAAGAUUCUGCUGCUGUGCAGCUAUGAUUUAUUUGGGCUAUUGCUUCUGUGGAUGGAUUGUUCUAGGACCUUAUCAUGAUAAGUUCCGUUCUCUGAACAUGGUCUCCGAGUGCCUUUUCUCUCUGAUAAACGGAGAUGAUAUGUACGCCACAUUCGCAAAAAUGCAGCAAAAAAGCUACUUAGUCUGGCUGUUUAGCAGGAUUUACCUCUACUCGUUCAUCAGUCUCUUUAUAUAUAUGAUAUUAAGUCUGUUCAUUGCACUCAUCACCGAUACAUACGAGACCAUUAAGCAUUACCAACAAGAUGGCUUCCCAGAGACGGAACUUUGUGCAUUUAUAUCAGAGUGCAAAGAUCUACCUAAUUCUGGAAAAUACAGAUUAGAAGACGAUCCUGCUGUAUCUAUAUUCUGUUGUUGUAAAAAGUAGCUAUUGGGACUUUCUGUGCUGUGGACAAUAGUAGUGGGAACUGCUGAGUUGGAAGGUUAUAUGAAUGUUUUAAGAUCAAGUGUCUUGUGUUCAAACACUACCAUUUUGAGCAAAUUAACAGCCACAAUUGAUCAAGACUUAUGUCUAUUUUUAAAACAAGAAUAUCUUUGCAGCCUUAUGUUGUGUUUAUUUAAAAGAAAGUUUAACUUUGAUGAA